AUGUCUCAAGAACAAGCCGUCAACCACCCCAACUCGACCUCCUCCAAGACCGGCACCUUCUACUUCGCCUACGGGUCCAACCUGUCGGCGUACCAGAUGUCGCUGCGGCUGCGGCACUCGGCCUCGUCGAGCGAACCUGUGGCGAUCGCACGUCUGGACUCGCAUGCCUGGAUCAUCUGCGAACGCGGGUACGCCAACGUGGUCGCCCUGCCCGAAUCUAACGCCGCCUCGGACUACAAUACCGUUUGGGGCGUGCUGUAUAACAUGCAUCCCGUGGACGAGGCCCGGCUGGAUAUGUAUGAAGGUCACAACCAAGCGAGAAACCCGACCCCAGAAAUCAACCCAGACCCGGAGACGCAGGUAGUCAAGCAGUAUCUGCAGGGAGGUUGGGAUUAUAACAAGCAUUACCUACCCGUCACGGUAACGAAAUGGCUGAAAGAUCCAGCGGAAUACGGCAUCAGCAUGUCAUCCUCUCACAUGGUCAAUGGCGCCGCUCAUGAGCAUACGGCGGGGUCGCAUCCACCCACCACGGUCCGAGCGCUCGUGUACGUCGACGAGUUCCGCACUACCCCGGGCAAGAUCGUGCCGGAGUACAUUGGACGGAUGAACAGGGGCAUCGAGGAGUCGGUCAAGCUCGGCGUCCCCCUUAGCUGGGUGAACAACAUCAUGAGGCCGUUCAUCCCGGAGGGGAUCUAUGUCACUGAGAAAGGUUACGUGGGCACGGAUGAGGGGUAUGUCGAGGCCGAAGCGACAGAAACGGACGACCAUUUGAAGGAGAAUAUGCUCAAGGAUGCGAAUUGGGACGGAAGGUAG